AUGAUAAAUAGAAACUUGUUGCCUUUUGUAACUGUUCCUUUCCUCACCCCGUCACUUCCAAAAGCCGGUAAAAAAUCAUCUUCGCUGAAAGUGAUUCACUCCCGGGAAGUUGCCCAAAUCCCAUCAUCCAGGUCGAGACAAACUGUGCCACAAUUAGCUGAGCCCCCAUCAGCUGGCCCACUGAGCAUUCGCGAUAACCCGAAUCAAACCCGACCGCUUACGCCAAACGAGUCCAGUCGGAAUAACUGGUCUUCAAAUGUGAAUCAGACCAGUUCAACCGAAAAAAGUUCAGUGGUCAUCGACCGGCAGUUAACCGAGAAAGAGAAAAUGGCCAUUCGCACAAUACGGAAAAUGCGUUUUCUCGUCGCUCGCCGUAAAUUUCGUGAAGCCUUACGACCGUACGAUGUGAAAGAUGUGAUUGAGCAAUAUUCAGCUGGUCAUUUGGACAUGUUAACCAGAGUGAAAAUACUACAGUCCAGACUAGAUCAAAUCCUGGGGAGACCAGGAAGCAAAGCAGAUGACGUAUACGAUUCUCAUCAAAGCUUGGCAUCUAGAAUCGUAAAGAUCGAACAUAAAAUAGAUGCAGUGGAGAUGAAAAUCGAUCGCUUGUCAAGCAUGUACAAAUGCGAUCGAAUAGGACGACUACCUUUGCUUUCACCGGAUUGUCGACCAGAGCUGCGGGGUGUUCAAGGACAGUUAAACAGAUUCAAUGAUGGCAAUCCUACGUUUCUGCCUUACCAUUUGUCAGCAAACGCUCUGUUGAUUGGACGAGCCCAGCAAACAUUUGAAUCAGGAGAAUUUCAAACCGGCAGAGAAUUGCAACACCGAAAAAGUGAUGGGCAUGGUUUUGGACCUCAAUUAAACGUAGUCAGGGGAACCAUAAAACAAUGCUCAUGGGAUGCAACCAGUUCAACUAGACCGGAGCUCGAAAACAUUUCUCAACCGGAACGACAUUCAACAUAUGGAAUGGAUCGGGUGCCUCAGUCACACAAAGCAAAAACUGAUGUCGACUUGGUUCUCAGCCAAAACGCAGAUAAAAAUGUUUCGGAUCCGACCGCGUUAUCGAAUGCACAAGAAACAUCGGAUGCGGUUGAAGCCUGCAAUACACCCCAUGAAACAGUAUCCGAUUCUUCGUCCGAUCAAAAACAACCUUGUUCAUUGGUAGAUGCUCAAGCAGUUUCUCCAUUGCAAGUGAAACGCAGAAGUUGGAUGUAUCCAGUAUCGUUGGAACAACUACCUGAUGCUGGUGUGCCAAAGUUGAAAGAUCAAACCAGUUCGGAGGAUGCCACAGAUACGAUUCCCCUGUAG